AAUUACAAUAGUAACAAUAAUAAUAACAAUAAUAAGGAUGAUAAAGAUAAUAAUGGUAAGAAUGGUAAUAAUAACAAUGAUAAUAAUAGUAAUAAUGAUCAUGAUGAUAAAAAUAAUAAUAAUGAUAAUAGUAAUGAUAGUAGUAAUAACAAUAACAUAAAUAACUACAAUAACAAUAAUACCACAAGAAGUAUUAAUAAUGAUAAUGAUAAUAAUGAUGAUCAUAAUAACAAUAACAAUGAUAAUAACUACUAUGACAACAAUAAUAAUAAUGAUAAUAACGAUAAUGAUAAUAGUAAUAAUAAUAACAACAACAAUGAUAAUGAUGAUAAUGAUAAUAACAAUAGUUACAAUGAUAAUAAUAAUAGUACUAAUAACAAUAACAAUAAUAAUAAUAAUAAUAAAAAUAAUAAUAAUAAUAAUAAUAAUGAUAAUAAUAAUAAUAAUAAUAACUCUCUCUCUCCCUCCCUCCCUCCCCUCCCUCCUUCCUUCCCGCUCUCCCCUCUCUCUCCUUCUCUCUCUCCCUCCCUCCCU